ACAAAUUUUCUUCCCCUCUCUUGCAUAUUUUCGUCGUUGUUGUGUCUUUGGCAUUGAGUGCAGCUGCUCCCGAAGCUCGACUGCUCCCGUGUUCUUUAAUUUGGUCACUAUAACCUGGCUGAGCUCACAAACUGACUACUUAUUGAGGUCUCUGUUUUGAUUUGUUGAGCAUAAUAAUAUGUUGGACAUGCUCGAGUACAGUCAUUACCAGGUGCAGACUCAUUUGGAGAGUCCCAAUAAAUACCACCUCCAGCAGAGUCCAAGGCAGCAGGUGAAGCACUAUCUGCCUAGCACACUUGGGGCUAAGCUCAGCCCUCCAUUAAACAGCCAGCAUCCGGAGCACGGCAUGCCCCCCGGCCCCGGAGCCAGCGCCCCCAACAGCCCUAUGGCCCUGCUCACCCUCAGUAACAACUGCGAGAAAGAGAUGGAUGACGUAAUUGAAGACAUUAUCAGUUUGGAGUCAAGUUAUAAUGAUGACAUCCUUGGAUUAAUGGAUGCAGGACUUCAAAUACCAAAUACGAUCCCAGUAUCUGCAAAUCUCCUGGACAUCUAUAAUAAUCAUGCACUUCCUCCAGCUGGAGUCGCCAUUGGGAAUUCAUGCCCGUCUAGUUUACCCAACGUGAAAAGGGAAUUCUCAGCUCCUGACAUGAUGCACGUGGACCAACCUGGACCAUGUGGCAAGUUUGACUCUUAUCAGAGGCCUGAAGGCCUUCCAGUAGAAGCAGAAGUCAGAGCUUUGGCAAAAGAGAGACAGAAGAAGGACAACCACAACCUCAUUGAACGAAGACGGCGCUUUAACAUAAAUGACAGAAUUAAAGAACUUGGGACGUUAAUUCCCAAAUCCAAUGAUCCAGACAUGAGGUGGAAUAAAGGAACUAUUCUGAAGGCCUCAGUUGACUACAUCCGGAAGCUACAGAGAGAGCAGCAGAGAGCAAAAGAGCUAGAGAGCAGGCAGAAGAGACUGGAGCACACCAAUAGACACCUCCUUCUUCGCAUUCAGGAGCUGGAGAUGCAGGCUCGUGCUCAUGGCCUGGCUAUAGGAGGCUCCUCGGCGCUUUGCUCCACUGAGUUAGUGGCCUGCGCCAUCAAGGAAGAACCAGUAAGCUACACAAGCUGUUCAUCUGAGCUGUACACUCGUCCACACCUCUCCAGCCCAGAUCAUUCUCGGCCUACCACUCUAGACCUCAACAAUGGCACCAUUAGCUACAAUGACAGCACCAUAGAGGAGGCAGGUGCAGGGCUUUAUGCAAGACACAAAGAACCUACAACCAAGCUCAAUGAUAUGUUUCUGGAGAACACACUGUCACCAGUGGGCACCAGUAACCUGCUGCUCUCCUCAGGUUCCCCCACCCACUCCAAUGACAGCAGCAGACAAAGCAGCACGAGCACAGAGGAGCAGGACAAGGGCUGUUAGCACCGCUAAUGAACUUUUAAUAACUCUUUACAACCGUUAUUGUUUUUGCUGUUGGUUUGAUUAUACUGGCAAUACUGUGGUCUAUACGCCAUACAUAGAGUAUUGUCUAAAUUUGGAUUGCAAAUAUGUCCAGGAUUCUUGAU